AAGCUUUUAACUUAUUGCAUCCGCUCAUCCACACAAUUGUGAUUAUUUUAAAAAGCUGUGUUAAAACGCAUUUCUUGCCAUUCGGUGAUUCGGUGGUUUUAAAAAAAUGAUUGCGGUAAAGGAAUCUUUACUCGACUCGUCAGAUCGGCCGGUGCACUGUGACGUGGUUCUAUUGCAAGGUGCUCAUUAAGAGGGACGUUUGGUUUCUCUGACGUCUGCACGAGUCCUCCAACGGCACCUGCCCCCUUAUAAGCCUCAGUAAGUCACCGAGGAGACCUCCACCACCGGUUCAUCUAACUGCUCCGCGGUUUUUUGCAGUUUUGCAGUUUUUCUUCCUCGGGUGUCCCAGCACAUGACACUAGAGAUACUUAAGGUCUCCAUGCCCUCCCGUUCCUAGUGGAAGUCCGGUGCGACAAUGACCAUCCACAUAGAAGGGCUUGUGGCUAUCGCGAUCUUCUAUCUACUGAUCCUGUGCGUGGGCAUCUGGGCGGCAUGGAAAAACAAACACUCUGGGGAGGCGGAGGGCACCGACCGCAGCGAAACCAUCAUGGUCGGUGGGAGGGACAUUGGAUUAUUUGUUGGUGGAUUUACCAUGACAGCGACGUGGGUUGGAGGAGGAUAUAUAAAUGGUACAGCUGAGUAUGUGUAUCUGCCUCAAUAUGGUUUGGCUUGGGCUCAAGCUCCCUUUGGAUAUGCCCUCAGUCUUGUUGUGGGGGGGCUAUUUUUUGCUAAGCCCAUGCGCUCACGAGGUUACGUCACCAUGUUGGACCCGUUCCAGCAGAUCUAUGGGAAACGCAUGGGUGGCCUCCUCUUCAUACCUGCACUCAUGGGGGAGAUCUUCUGGUCAGCGGCCAUCUUAUCCGCCCUCGGUGCUACUCUGAGUGUCAUCGUGGACAUCAACAUUAAGAUGUCCGUGGUUAUCUCAGCGCUCAUUGCAAUAUUUUACACCUUGGUUGGAGGACUUUACUCGGUGGCCUACACUGAUGUCGUGCAGCUCUUCUGCAUCUUUCUUGGCCUGUGGAUCAGCGUCCCGUUUGCUUUGACCAACCCUGCGGUGUCAGACAUCACCAUUACUGCAGUGAAGCAGGUGUACCAGUCGCCCUGGAAAGGCAGCAUCCACAAAGGCGACACCUGGGUGUGGAUCGAUAACUUCUGCCUCCUGAUGCUUGGAGGAAUACCCUGGCAGGUGUAUUUCCAGAGAGUGCUGUCUGCCUCCUCGGCAAACUACGCUCAGGUCCUCUCCUUCCUGGCUGCCUUCGGGUGCCUCGUCAUGGCCGUGCCCUCCGUUCUCAUCGGGGCCAUCGGGGCCUCCACAGAUUGGAACCAGACGAGUUAUGGGGCUAUUCCUCCUAAAGAUAAAGAUCAAGCGGACAUGAUUCUCCCCAUCGUGCUCCAACACCUUUGCCCUCCGUUCGUCUCCUUCUUCGGCCUGGGUGCAGUGUCUGCAGCUGUCAUGUCAUCUGCAGACUCCUCCAUCCUGUCAGCCAGCUCCAUGUUUGCGAGGAACAUCUACCAGCUGGCGUUUAGACAGUCUGCGUCUGACCGCGAGAUCGUGUGGGUCAUGCGUAUCACCAUCUUUGUGUUCGGCGGCCUUGCCACGUUGAUGGCGCUGGUGACCGGGACCGUUUACGGCCUCUGGUACCUGAGCUCCGACCUGGUGUACGUCAUCAUCUUCCCACAGCUGAUCAGCGUGCUCUUUGUCAAAGGCACCAACACGUACGGCUCGGUGGCCGCCUACCUGUUCGGCAUGGUGCUGCGCAUCGGUGGAGGAGAGCCCUACCUCGGGAUGCCUCCCUUCAUUUAUUACCCCGGCUGGGCCGUCGAGCAGAGGAUGCACCACAUAACCGGCGAAAUGGUGGACGUCGUCAUCCAGAAGUUCCCCUUCAAGACCAUCUCCAUGAUUGCCUCCUUCCUGGGUAACGUCGCUGUCUCCCACCUGGCAAAGUACCUGUUUGAGAGCGGCAAGAUUUCACACAAAUACGACUUUCUCGAAGCAGUGGUGUCCAUGCACAGCGGGGAGGUCAUGGAUAGGACGACGCUCGUGACCCGCGGGAACAACAUCGGGCUGUCGGAGAUGGCGCCCGUCAAACCGCGGCUGAGCGUGACCUUGGCAGCCGCUUUCACGCGCCGCGACACGCUGCCGAAGGAGAUAGUGGUGGAGGAGGAGGAGGAGUCCAGCUCUGAAUCCUCCCACCAUGACGAAGAGUGAAAAACUUAGGGUGUUUUUAAAUAAAAAGAGAGAAAGAAAUGAAACUGAACACGCAAGGGAACUGUCGGAGAACUGGUUACAUUACUGUCAGAUCCCCCUAAAAGAAGUAUGAGACCAGAAGCAAACGUCCUCCGGUGGGACCACAAAAGAAAACACAUCCAGCAUGUGUUGAUUGGAUAACGGCCACAUGGCAGGAUAUAUAGUUUAGCAGCUUGCUGAUUGUCUGGACAUGACUUUCUCUUUCUGUGAAGUGCAUCAAGCAUUCACUCAAAUAGAUAGUAUAUAUAGGUCGGUGUAAUACAUACUCAUUCUUUUUUUUAAACUGCUUUGGAGUUAUACUUAAAGAAGACGGUUUUAAUGUGAUGAUUUGUGAUGUUUCACAGAAUAUGUACUGCUCACAAGUGGUGAAAUAUUUCAUCAGAAAUAUGACAAGGAAUGAACAAAAUCCAAGAAGUUGAUAGGAAGCCACGGACAUCGCAAGCAUAUCAUGUUCUAAUUAGAUAAAAGAAAGUACACACACUUUAACAGCUAUACAACAAUUUAUAUAAAUGAUUGUGAGACAAAGUUGAAUAAAAAUAGAUAGAAAAUAGAAUAUUAUAUAGCUCUACUUUUUCCAAACAAGCCUACAUAUUCAUUUUGCAUGUAAGUAAUAAGUAAUAAUUUUUUGUUCAUGACUUAAGUGACACAUUAAACCAACCGCAAUGUCAUGACGUGAAACACAUCCGACAUAUUAACCAACACCCAAAACUAAACUUAGUUUGACACAUUAAAACGGCGUCUCUUCAUUAUUACAAUAAACAUAUCAUGACUCUGUGAAUCAAGAAAGAUACAAUCCAUGUAUUGUCCUGAGUAGAAAAUAUACAAGCAAUAGUAACCGUAGUUGACUUGAAGCAUUAGCUAAUAUUCUCUUUAAUGUCCGGUGUAGAAGAGGUUUUAAUCAUAGGAAUCUGUGUAAAUUAGUGAUUUAAAUUAUCUUAUAUUCAACUGCCUUAAUGAAACUCGUGAAACAGUUUUAUUUCCACAGUUGUGACUUGACUCUGGUCGGACAAAGACUUGAAUAUGAAUGUAAUCUGUAUAUCAAGUAGUGUACUUCUACUGGUGUUUGUGUUGCUGGUUUUGUUUGUGAUUUUGCAAAGUCAAAAGGUAACUGUUGCAGAACAAUGUGGAGGCAGGUUCUGCUUCACAAAUGUGUGCUUUUAUUUGUUGUCAACAGCAGAUUCCCUUCUCUGGAGAAAAAAAUGAAUCGACCAAGAAAACAUAUCAUACUGGUUAAAAUGAUUCAAGAAAAAAAGAGGUUGACUAAAUGUUUAUUUAUUUUUGAUGUUAUGAGAGAUGAAACAAAAAAAAACAUUAUUUCAGAAAAAUAUAUAUAAAUUCUACUUUUGGAACAAGACAAAAUUGGUGUUUCACAUUUUUUGUUUCCUGAAAAACACAUUGAGAAUAUUGCAAUUCAAUUCAAUAUUCUCCAUUUUUCUUAAUUGGAG